UGCACUCACUUUGGAUGGACUUCCUCUCACUGCCUAUUUUGGCAAUGGGACAGGAAUUGAAGGAAAAUCUCCCCAAUGGGUCACAGCAGGGGCGGACUGACAACUCAUGGGGCCCCCGGGCAAUAGGAGAUCAUGGGGCCCCUGUGUCCUCGCCCACACUCAAAUCACACCCAAAAAAGCCUAUGAAAGGUAUUAGGGGCAUCUCAUGGGGCCCCCUACUGACCCCGGGCCCUCGGGCAGUGCCCAAGUUUCCAAAUGGUCAGUCCGCCCCU